GACGUCAAGAAGCUUCGCGAGGGCUUCGACGCCCACCUGCCAGGAGACGCUGCCAACUACGACGACUGGAACGAGCUCUUCUCGCGACCCGCCGAGGCUGGCCGCGGGGCUCCUCCUGCAGGACGGCAGCCGGCUUUUCGAGCACGCGCACGGGCAGAGGUUCCGCCACCUCGCGGCCGUCGACUGGGAGGUCUCUCUCCAG